CGCCUUCGCUUUCGGUACGAACUUCCUUGCAUUUCGUUACCCGAUCAAAUCUUUUUCCAGAACAAGAAAAGAGCUUCUUGGUGGUUGAAGUGUCAUCAUCGUUUGUCUCAUCUCUGUUCGAUCACUUCUUUCUCCCUGUAUCUCUCUUUUUCUUUCUCUUUCUUUCUUUCUUUCUUUCUCUCUCUCUCUCUCUCUCUCUCUCUCUCUCUCUCUAUCUAUCUAUCUAUCUAUCUAUCUAUCUAUCUAUCUAUCUCUUUCUCUCUCUCUCUCUCUUUCUGUUUCACAUACAUUUUCUAUCUGAUCUCGGCUCCUUUUGCUUCCGAUUCAAUAUCGAGUGCAAUAACACCGUAUUAUUUUUCUCAUUAACGUCAAUAUCAGAGGAGAGUUUAUUGCGAAAUGACGCGAAAAAAAUGUGCACCCUAUCGAUGUGGCUGAUGAGGCGCAACUCUUAGCUAGUCUUUCUCGAUGGAACCAUGAAACACGUUCCAGGCUCGAGCCAGUGGAUUGAUCGCCGUCUCAGCAACCGCUGACGUCGAGGCAUCCACCGUGUGUCAUGCAGCAUGUUAAUUGUAUCAACUCGCUGAGAGCUUCCACUUUCCGUCAAUUAUGUGUCGCGAACCAAGCUCUUUCCUUGUUAGCUAUACUACAAAACUCGAAGAAGGCUCUCCUGCAAAACGGUAGGUCUUAGAGAAUGCACAAGCUAGCCAAGGGAUUGAAAAAGAAGAAAAAGUCGAAGAAAAGUAAGAAGGGUGAGGAGGAAGAGUUCGAUCCGGAAGAACUCGAGCGUUACCGGCGUGAACGUGCGGAGCGAGCGGAGCGGGCCGAGCAGAAAGCCGAGGAAUCUGGUGAACCGGCUGCGGCCGGCAAUGCUGGCUCCGACGAGUGGCGAAAAUUUGAGGCUUUGACAGCGGGUGUCGAUUCGUUGUUAAAAAAGACUCAAGGUGAUCUCGAUCGUAUCAAAUCGGUUUCGUUUUUCCAACGGAAGCCAGCGUUAGACGAGAGGAAGACAGAAGAAGAGGAACAGAAGAAAGAGAAAAAGAAGAAAUCCUCUUCGAAGAAGUGGAUUGGUUUUGACGAGGAAGGAAAUCUCGUUGAGAAAGAGCCUGGUGAGAUUGGUGCAGUCGAAGGUGAACUUGGCAAAACAAGCGCAAAGCCGCUUGUCAGUGAAAACGGUUUUGUCGAGGUUCCGGAUGAUGAGGAUGAACAAGAGGAUUCAGCAGACGAGGAUAUCUUCGAUACAACCUACGUUGACGUCCUUCAAAAUAUCGACGUUCAAUUAGCCUAUAUACCUGAUAGUCCUGUAAAGGAAGAUUUAGACGACGAUCCUUUCGAUACUACUAACGCUGAGAAAGUACUCAAAACAGUCGACAGUAAAGGCAACAAAUUAGUCAGUCUUGGUAAUGCUGUUGAAAUUCUCUCCGGUAGGGUCGAUCAUGUGAGUACAUGUAAAUUACCGCCUAAAAGUAAAAAGAAAUCAGUCGUACAACAGGAUUUACUGCUGGACGAUUUUGACGAGGUCGAAAGUGGAAUUAUUCCUGAAGGUGUUGCUGAGCCAAUCGAAGUUGAGAAAUCACUUUUAGAUGACGAUUCCGAUCUGCCGGAUAUACCAAUUGAUCUAACGAAGUUACCUCCGGUAUUACCGAAACCUGUCACGCCUGUAAACACGCAAGAAACUGAAGUAAUCUCAACCGAAACUAAAGAAUCCAUUGACAUCACAGAAUUCGAGUUGCUUAAGGAAAAGACGAUUUUAGAGGAGAUCCCUGAUUUGGAUGAUGCUGAAUUUGAUUUAAACGAACCCAUCGAUAAUCCGAUCCGUCUCGAGGAAGCCGAAGAUCCAUUUGGUGAAAAGGAACCAGAAGCUAAAGAUUUCCAAAGUGAGAUCAUCGAGGCUAGCUUCGAAGCAGCAACAUUUGUCGACGAAGAGGAUCCUUUUGACACUACUUUCGCCGAUAAUAUAUUACCUGGCAAAACUGAACUCAAAUUCAUUGAGAAAGAAUUAGAAGAUUUACCAGUUUCUACGGUUUCUAUAUCGCUUACUGAUCCAGCUGGCUUAAACAGAGACUACGAAACAGGCUUACCCAAAACUGAGGAAAGUAGUAAUGUAACUAACAAGGAUUUGUUAAGUAGUUCAACGAGUGAUUUGAGUUUAAUCGAUCCACCCAUCGCACCAGUUGAAGAGAUCACAUAUGUUGAUCCUUUCGAUACGUCAGCUAUAGGAGAAAUACCACCAGGCAAAACAGAAUUGAAAUUUCUUGAAAGAGAACUUCUCGGUGAACAGGCAAAGACUGAUAGUGUUCUAGAAGACGACGACGAUUUUGAUCCUAGAAAAGAAACACCACCAGCGACUCCUGUAGUGAAACCUCCUAUAAGGCCAACUCCACCAGUUUUUCCUGUCAAGCCUGAAUUUAAGGUUAACUUCGAAACAGAAGAAGAAGAAGAAGAACAGAUUGUUAAUAACGUAUCAAAUAAUCGUGGACGAAAAGCUUCGAGACCAGAAGUGAUCGAACUACCAAUUACAAAAAGUGUUGCCUUUGAAUUACCAACACCUUCAAAUCGACCUGAUCUUCUAGCAACUACAGACGAAGAGAAAUCGUUACCCUCGAAACCUCUAACACCAUAUUAUACGCAAAAAUCGAUUGACGAGGCUUUACCAGCUGAAGACGGGGCAAUUGAUGUCGAUCCCUUUGACACCAGUUUUGUAGCUAAAGUCACUCCUGGAAAAACGGAACUCAAACUCAUCGAGUCGGAAUUGUUGGAACAAGAACCAAAAUUAUCUCACAGUGUCAGUGAUCACGAAAUUGAUACCAGAUCUCAAAGUGAAGCGUCCAGAAGGAAAAGCGAUUUCACCGCUACUUCAUUGAGGCCUACCAAUUUAGAAUUUGCUCAGGUACCUAAUCCAUUAAAAGAAAUAAUUGAAGCGAAUUCAGAAAAACAGGAAAUCACUAGACGCGAAAGUUUGCUCGAUGCCGAAGUAGAAGUCGAUGCGAAGCCUCUCACGCCACGAGUAGAGACGAAAACUAUUGAAGAAGAAGAAGAAAUUUCUUACGUAGAUCCUUUCGACACUUCCAUCGCCACCAAUAUUUUACCUGGAAAGGCAGAACUGAAAGUUUUAGAAAGCGAACUGGAGCAAAUAACCGAACAAGUACGUCCGAAUCCUAUCAUUUUAAGUUCAAUUGUUGCACCGUCAGUAUCGGAUGCAGAAGAUUUUAAUCCAAGAGCCGGCGAAGUGCCAAAAUCGAAAGAUUUUCUAUGCUCGGACGACCAAGAUCCAGGUGCAAAAGUAUUGACGCCCCUUCAAUCCAAAAACAUCGCUUUAGGGGACGAUAUAGAUCCAUUUGAUACAAGCUUUGCUACAAUUGGACCAGGAAAAACAGAGCUGAAGAUCCUUGAAUCUGAACUGAUGCAAUUGAUCAGUUUAAACCUGAUUAAUAUUUUCACUUGUUAUUUUAUAAAUUCAAUUAAAAUGGAUUCAAAAGGUGGAAAUCCUUUCCUAAUGGACGAUUACACGUCCGAGCCGGAUAAUUCGGUUCACGGUCAACAAGAAUUGAAUCCUUUCUUGGAAUCCUUCACAGAUACGACAACUUCGGAACCUGGAGAAAAUCCAUUUUUAAAUAUCACUAGUGAUCAAUCUUAUCAAGCACCGGUGAAUGUAGAAUCAACGAAUCCUUUUGCGUCCUUUUGCGAAGAAAAUAUAUUUAAUUUAUCAGAGAGCACAAAAGAAGAAGAAGAAAAGAUUAGUCAACCUACACAAGCAGCACCUGUACAAGCUAAGAAUGGGAAACCACCGCCAUCAAGACCUCCACCGCCAAGACCACAACCACCUGCACCACCGAAAAACACAAAAGACCUUAUCUUAUCGGUUACAGGCGCAAUGGACGCUACAUCUAAUCAUCUUCUGGAUCGCCUACAAGCUACAAGAACUCCAAGUCCAACUCUAAUGCAUUCACCUUCUCCAACACCGGAACAUAGUUUUGCCGAUUUCCUAGAUGUUGAUGGAAAUGUACCGGAUUUGAUACCUUACGAUAAUGAAGCCGCAGAACCGCCGAAAAGUAGUCAGGACAUUUUAGAUUUAUUCGAUGCUCCAAACACAGACACAACGUCCACGGCAACCUUUUCAAUAGAUACUACGAAUUUGAUCACUGAUGUAGCAGUGACAAGUACUGCUCAAGAGAACCCAUUCGUUAGCAUAACUGAUCAGGAAAUUGAAUCGACUGCCCCGGCGGAAGGUGCUUUUAGUUCUUUCUAUCCAGAAGCUGCUUCAGUCAGCAUGGAAAAGAGAGCAUCGGUGUCUUCCACGAUGGCUUUCCCUAUUCAAGAAACAGAAAAACAAGCAGCUGUUGAUCUAGAUUUUUCAACGGAAACAUCGGUUUCUACAGAUCAAUUAACCUCAGUAACGACCGCUGAAUUAUUUUCCACGGCAACGACCGAACAAAUUUCCACUACAGUAGAGUCUCCCUUCUUCUCCAUAUCUGACAACGCAAGUACGAUACAAUAUGGAGUGACGGAAACAUCAGCCACAUCGUUAUCAACAACGCAGCAGAUCACCCAACCCAUAUUUUCAAUGACAGAUACCCAACAAAAUGUUUUCUCUUCCGAUCUCCUAGGCGAUUUUAAUGAACCCACUAAAGAAGUGAGUGGAUUGAUCUCAACCAGUCCGAUACCAGCUGCAGAAUAUCCUGGAACUGAUACGCAAUUGGAUAAUUUCGCUGCUACCACUAAAGCCAUUGAAAAUACUGGUGAUGCAUUCGAUGCUUUCGCAUCGAAGUUCGAUAAAGCAGCUGAGCCAGAAACGAAUGCAGAUCCAUUCUUGGAUGCCUUUGGUAAUACUGGACCUACAGCAAUGGAUACGUCCAGCGACGUAUGGGGAGACUCAUCAGGCGGUGGAGAUACUGGAGUUACUGGAUUUGAAGAAAAUGAUGGUUUUGAUUCUUUCUUAAGCAUGACAGCACCACCACAACCAGAAACUAAAGUGAAACGAGCAGAUUCUGGCGACUCGGACGAAGGUCCUGACUUUAGUGUCUUUAUAAAACCAAAAGAAGGAGAUCAACUUACUCAGUCUGAAGUUGGACCAGUACCAGUUUUAGCGCCACCACCAAAGAGUCCACAGAAUUCUGCGUACGCUGAUUCAUCAUCACGGUUUAAUCCCUUCGAUAAAACAGGUGGAUUUGCCCAAGAAGCUGUGGUUCCCACAGAGACAGCUCAACCUGAAAUAACAAGAACAGAUUCCCAAGAAACACCACCGACUCCAUUGUUUGACGAGGAUGUGAGUCAACCUUUAGAAGAUUUUCCACGAGUUACGUACACUGGUGACGGCUGGGAAAUGCAGUUACGUCAACCGAACAAAAAGAAGAUCACUGGACAACGGUUCUGGAAGAAGAUAUUCGUGAAACUAGUUUAUCAGGGUGAUAAUCCGGUUCUUCAGUUGUUUAAUAGCAAAGAUGAUAAAGAUCCAUUCCAAGAAUUACCUCUUUUGGCCUGUUAUUCUGUUUCGGAUAUCGGAGCUCAACAAUUCGAUCAAUUUGGAAAAAUAUUUACGGUGAAGUUGCAAUAUAUUUUUUACAAGGAACGACCUGGAGUACGACCUGGACAGGUUACUAAAACCGAACGAUUAACAAAUAAACUCAGUCAGUUUGCUGCUUAUGCAAUUCAAGGUGAUUAUCAGGGUGUUAAAGAGUUUGGUAGCGAUUUGAAAAAGUUAGGUCUUCCCGUCGAACAUGCGGCUCAGAUAUCUCAAUUGUUCAAACUCGGAUCACAAAAUUAUGAGGACAUGAAAACAUUUUCUUGCGCUAUUGAAGAGGCUCUUUUCAGGCUAUCGGCUCACAGAGAUAGAGCACUUAAUUAUAAAAUGGAAGAAGUUCAAAUAACAGUGGUUGAUGAAUUAUACGUCGAGCAAAGUGCCGAGGGUUACGUAGAUAAACAAAUAGCUCGUGUUCGUCUUUUCUUCUUGGGUUUCUUAUCCGGUAUGCCCGAUGUUGAGCUGGGAAUAAACGACAUGUGGCGUCAGGGUAAAGAAGUAGUUGGAAGACAUGAUAUUAUUCCUGUUGUUACUGAAGAAUGGAUCCGUUUGGAAAACGUUGAAUUUCAUGCUUGUGUCCAACAAGACGAGUACGAGAAGUCGAGGAUCAUAAAGUUUAAACCUCCUGAUGCAUGUUAUAUCGAAUUAAUGAGAUUUCGAGUAAGACCACCUAAAAAUAGAGAAUUACCGCUUCAAUUGAAAGCAGUAAUGUGCGUUACUGGUAACAAGGUGGAAUUAAGAGCAGACAUAUUGGUACCAGGAUUUGCCUCUAGAAAACUCGGGCAAAUUCCUUGCGAGGACGUGAUGGUGCGUUUCCCAAUUCCAGAAUGUUGGAUCUAUCUAUUUAGGGUAGAGAAACAUUUUAGGUAUGGUUCGGUAAAAUCAGCGCAUAGAAGAACCGGUAAAAUCAAAGGGAUCGAAAGAUUUUUGGGAGCUGUAGAUACUUUAGAACCUCAACUGAUGGAAGUUACGUCUGGACAAGCCAAAUAUGAACAUCAGCAUCGUGCUAUUGUAUGGAGAAUGCCUAGAUUGCCUAAAGAAGGACAAGGUGCGUACACAACGCACCAAUUGGUUUGUCGCAUGGCUCUAACUUCCUAUGACCAAAUCCCGGAAAAUCUUGCUGAGUACUGUUACGUCGAAUUUACCAUGCCAGCUACUCAAGUUUCGCACACUACAGCGAGGAGCGUCAGCCUUCAAAAUAACAACAGUGACGCUCCGCCAGAAAAAUACGUUCGUAAUUUAUCGCGGCACGAGUACAGAAUUGGUAUCGAACAUACACAAGGCGAGGGACCAGGAGCGUAUGUGACAGCUACGCUAACAAAGAAAAUUCCUGAAACAACGCCAGAAACUCACGGUGAAGUUUCGGAUACCCCGGCUGAAUCCGAUUCCGAUUCUUCGGAGUAAGUUUCUAGGUGUGAAUUCUUCGAGGUCGCACGAGAUGAUCGUUCUUCUCGAGUGUAUGAUAGUACUAUAUUAAUGAUAUCGUAUGUCUAUGAAAUAACUGAUGAAGUAUUCUAUAACUGAUCGACGAAGCGUUACUCACUGUCUCUAGUCGCUCGAGUUAAAUCGAAUACUAACUUCGCUAUUGUACUUAUUGCAAAUUUGCCUGUAUAAGAAAAGAGAAGGACGUGUAAAUCGGUACAGGCUGUUUCGUAAGUUAAAUAUUAUACCUACUAUUCGCAUGGGAGAUAAUAUAAUAUCAGUUCCGAUGAAAAUAUCCGAUGAAUAACGACACGGCUACGAAAUAACAGGAAAGAGUAUAUCGACGAGCAAAUUAACACAUAUUUCGAGCAACCGUAAGCGUUAAAACAUUCCUUUUGUGUUUUGAAAAAGAAAACCCGAAUAUGUAUUGUCCGUUCGUUAAAAUUCAUUAUUUCUGUAUCCUGUUUUAGCUCACGAAACGCCUUGCAUCUAUUUACACGCACAACGUAGUACAUAAUGAACUAAUAAAUAUGAAAAAAAUUAAUUUAAGAGACGACAAUACUGCUGUUUUGUUCAGCUUAGCUUGCUAAGUCGUAGAACACUUGCGGUGGAAAGCUUUGAUAAUCGCUUCAUGUUUCAAAGACUGAACGAUAUUAAAAGAAUUAUAAAAAGAAAAUGGAGAGCAUUUGGUAAAAAUUUCUAAUUGUUAUUAAUAAUUAUAAUAAUUCAUUCUCUAAUUAGAAACAAAAUUCUAUUAAUGAUAUGGAAACGGUAAUACAGAAAAUGAAAUUCUAGCGAAAAUUAUUUAAAUUCAGAAACAAAUACAAGUUCUAAUUAUCCCAAACUAUAAAUAGAUUCAAAACCAGCAUUUAUAAUUUAAUUUUAAUUAUCUAUUGAGAUUAUUUCAAUAUAUUUAUUAAAAGACCAAAAUGUAAAAUGUGCUAGUCAUUGUCUUGUCAAAUAAUCUGAAUAGAAUAUUUCGAUUUAGAUAUAUGUAUAAUUUUUUAUGUAUAAUUCUUUAAUGUUUAUUUUUUUUUUGUUAUAUUAUCAUUAUGUUUUAUACAUCCCUAUAUCGUGAUAACGAUCAGAGAGAAAUAUUUAUCGAGUAAAAAGAUAUAAGGCUCGUUAUGUAAUAUUUGUGAUCGUUCGCGUAUCUUAUUCUAGCUUGCAAUUAGUAUAAAAAAUGAUUGUUAUCUAGUCUCUAGUCGCUUAUAUUUAGUAGAUUGCAAAAAUUGAUAAUCAUUCAUCGAGUUUGUUGCAUGUAGAGAUCGAACGAAAAGAUCUAAUUUGAUUACGAUUCUCAUGGGUACCGGAAGAAAUUUAUCAGAAAAUAUUUUCGAUUUCAGAUAAUAUUUAAAACUUACAUCGUACCAUAAAAUAAUGAAUCAAUGAAAGAUAAAAAGAGCUAGAAUAAAAACAAUUCAGUUCCUACGAAUAAUUACAAUUAUCAAAAAUUCUUUUUACUCGUUUUUAAAAUGAAACGAAAGAUAUUAGUAUCGUAAGUCUUAGCUGAAAUCAUCCUAGAUGAUUCUUAAAAAUUAUUUUUCCAUUCGUCGUGUUCAUUAGAAAGAAGAUGAUUGCAUGACUAAUAAGAUAACGAGAGUUAAUGAAGACUUUAAUUGCCAUUAAAUACGCCAAUCGUGAGAAACGUAUCCAACUUGAAUUUUAACAUUGGAUCUCGACAUGACGCAUAUAUAAUUAUAAUAUUCGUAAGUUAAAAAUAAAAAGCAUAGAAUCGUAAUAAUUGCAAAAGGUAUCGACUAUUUAAUGGUGCAUCGCAAAUCUAUGCGGGAAAAAAAAAGUCUAUAUGAAAAAAUUUGCAGUGAUAGGGAUAUAAUAUUACAAUAUAUUAGCAAUAUGAACAAAUAUAUAUAUAUAUAAAUAUAUAUAUAUAAAUUAUAUAAUAAAUAUUUAAAUACGUAAAUAACUCUUAAAGGCAGAUAAUAGGCGUAAGUUUAAACUUAAAGAUACAAGAGCAUAAGCUUCCGUUAUCUCGUUAUAGUUCCUUUACGUUAAACGUUAUUACGAUUGGCAAGAAUUGCCAGAAUUUUGAGAAUGAGCUAGACUUACAAAAAAAAAAAAAAAAAAUUAAAUUAAAUAGAAUGUUCAAAAAGAAUACGAUCUACGAGAUUUACGAAGAUAUAAGAAGAUUCGACAAGUGUAACAAUAUCAAACGUAACUUUAAUAGGUAUAUAAGAUUAUCAGUACUUAAACUAGUCAUAUAAGUUUCAGUUAUUUUAUCAACUUUUUUAUUUACGCAUUUUCUUCCCUCAGUGGAAGACAAGGAAGAGUACACUCUAGUCCCUAGUUUGUAAGGAAGACACUGAAAAUGAAAAGUGUCAAUUCGCCAGAUAUAAGUUUAUCGAUAAGUUAUACUAUAAGAUUAAAUUAAAUGUAAUGUGUUUCCAAAUGAAUAUGCCAAUUAAAUCGUAGAUAAAUAGACAUAAUAAUAAUUUAAUCGUCGUUGCUCUGAUCGUUAUUAGUAUUACAUUUCUUUGUUUUCUCUUCGAAUGUACCUAUUUGCAAUGAGUUCUCCUUGAGAAAUUGCGUUUACUCUUGCAUUAGUUUUAAUCGUAAUUUGUAUUUAUUUAUAGAAAAGACAACGAACCAGUAUCUGUCAAUGCGAAUACGAUAAAAAUUUGAAGAUAAGCUUUCCGAAAGAAUUAGAAAAGCAUAACGUGAUAAUUAUGAAGCGUUUUGACGUCUUUGAAACUAAAAAACGAACAAAGCUUUUCAAUCAAUAGUGUGAAGGUCUGUUUGUGUUGGUACCUUAAACGGAUUUUGGGCGAGUUUCUAUUGUGGAACCUUGCACCAAGAUAUGUUAUUUCCAGCUCGUGAUCUCAAAUACGCGUAAUUGCACUUUAGUGCGAUCCAGAAUGACGUUCUAAAGGAACAAAAAAAAAAAUAAUUAAAACAAUUAUACGAUGCAUGUAUAGCUCUUAUGUUAGCGGGAAUGUUUAUUAGUAUAUACGCGUAAUAUUUGCGUGUCCAUAAUAAUUUUCACAAAGAGAGAGAGAGAGAGAGAGCGAGAGAGAGAGCGAGAGAGAGAAAGAGCGAGAGAGAGAGAGCGAGAGAGAGAGAGAGCGAGAGAGAGAAAGAGCGAGAGAGAGAGAGAGAGAGCGAGAGAGAGAAAGAGCGAGAGAGAGAGAGCGAGAGAGAGAGUGAUAGUGAGAGAAAGAGAAAGUAAAAAAUUAAUAAACGUAGGUUUUAAGUUUAGAUACGAGGAGGUAGUGGACAAUCUGACGAAGACAUUAAAUUUUGUUUAGAAUAUACUCUUUUUCCUCAUCGAUGUAUUGUUUUUAAAUCGUAAUCCAGAAUUUCUCGACAGAAAAAAAUUUACAAAUAUUUAAAGACAGUCGUCAUAGUUAAUCGAAUCAUUUAUAGGCAUUCUUAUAUUUUCUUUUUUUUUUUUUUUAUAUUUUCUAUUUAUAAUUUAAUUUCAAUCAAGAAACACGGAUUCAAAGCAAAGUGAUGUUUGAUCGCCACCUCCGUCGUCUUAGCUUUUAAAAAUGUCAUGUGAACACUUCAAUUAAUCCUUCCCUAUUCUCCUAAAGAAAGGAGAUGUAAUUUAUUUGCAUGCGAGUCUUAAAAAUAAUAGAUAUUAAGUAUGAGAAUGACAAUGAUAAUGAUGUUGAUGAUAAUGAUGAUGUUGAUUCAAUCGUCAUAAAGAAAUUAAAUAUAAGAGAGCACAUUAAAUCAAGCGUCAUAAUUGUUUUGUAAAAUCUAUUUUCUAUGACGAAUUAGAAGGGAAGAUUCGUAAAAACAUAAAGAUAAAUGUCUAUCUUCUUUAUCGUAUAAAAAUAAUUUCAGUAUCGAUAUCAGACGAAAUAAUAGAAUUACUCCAUUGGAUGAGAAAGAAUAUUAAAAUAUAAUCGGAAUCGAAAAAAAUUAAUUUGAAUUUUGAAUGCAACGAACUUCGAACUUUUUUUCUUCAAAUUCUUUUAAUAAAGCAAACACGAAGUAUUAUCGUAAAAUAAAAUUUUAAGAAGGAUAUACUUUCCCGAAAUGAAAAUGGAUUUUUAUUUCUAUUCGUUUGUCUUAAAGCCCGUUUGUACGUUUACGUUGACAACAACGACGACGACUAUGUUACGUCUAUAAGCGCUAAACAUACCUAUCGCGAUAUGAAAGUACAUAUUUAAUAUAAAGAAAUAGCAAUGACCUCAUUGCAAUGUCGAAGAACGAUCGUUCGUCGAUUCGUAUGACGAGUAACGAUUUUCAGAUUAUUUAGAUCUUAGGGCUAUAUGAAUGCAUGGUUUCAAGUCGAACAUCGUGAUUAGUACUUAUCUACAUCUUUUCGCGUUUAAUAAGAAAUUUCAAGAAAGAAAUGAAUAAAAAAGAAAAAACAAAAAAAAAGACAAAGGAAAAAAAGAAAGAAACGAGAAUAGCAGUAAGAAAGAGCAAGCAAUGAAAAGUUCUACGCAUAUACUUUUUCGCAUUGGAUAAAUCAAGGCCGACGACGAACACGAAGGAAGAUGACGACAUCGAAGUUGAAGUUGAUUUUGAAAAGAACUCGUUUAGUGUGGCAUCGUCAUGCGGCAACGCUCAUAAAAAUACGCGCGAACAUUUGAAAGUGCUUUUAAAGGCGGUAAGAUCUAUUAAAAAUGACGGACGACGAGAGAGAACCAAAACUUGUCAAUCGAGGAAUUCUAAUCGUCCGGAAUAAAAGAGAGACAGAACUGUAUCUAUCUAGUCGCUGAUCUGUAACUUAUAUAUAUAUAUAUAUAUAUAUAUAUAUAUAUAUAUAACUGUUACCUAUGAAAACCUUAAUGUAUGACUAUAUUAUAUAUGUAUAUGUAUGUAUGAUUUAAUUGUAUUCUAAACGCAGCUAUAAUCCAAUCAAGUUAUAAAGAAGAAAAAGAAAAAAGAAAAAGAAGAUACGCACGUACCAAAGAAGAAAGGGAAAACGAAAUAUAUUUCGUCGUGUAUCAUAAAUCCCAAUGAAGCGACUUCGGAGAAAAAAAAACCACAAAGGAAAAUGAACAGAGAUAUAAAGUGGGGGAAAAAAAAUAUAGAGCGAGUGCAAUACUGUUAGCCAAUUGUAUCAUUGAUAAAUUCUAUGUAUCGAUAAAUAAUAUAACAUUGUUUAAGCGAUA